CAUUUGCAUAAAACUCUUUGCAUACUUUGGCUUGCAAAUACUCGUAUAAGUGAUUCACUCUUAUUCACUGAAAUAAUUAAUUCUCAUUUUACCUUUUAUUACAACCAAACACAAACUAGCAAAUCUGGGUUGCCUACAUUCUGUAUGUCUGUGUACAUCUGUGAAACUGAUAUAAAUAAGUAAAGGAGGAGCAUCUCCUUGGAACCAUUAUUUACUUUGAGAACAGGAACCAAUCUACCAUGUCAUUGAAGUAGAUUGGAAGUUAAAAUGUGACAGCGUUGAUGAUGUCAUGUGUAUGUGUGGUAUGAGAAAGGAGGAAGCCACAGUGUAUGUUCCUGCCAUGUAAAACAUCUCGGACACAAGUGGAGGAUACUAGUUGUAAAAGUGUUGGUUCAAAAUGCUGCAGCUCGCUUCUUAAUGGGGACGAAGAAGAGGGAGCAGAUCACCCCUAUUUUAGCACAUUUGCAUUGGCUACCAUUUACAUUUAGAAUCGAGUAAAAGGUUUUAACUUUCGUAUUUAAAGCCUUGUAUGGUUUGGCUCCAGUCUACAUCUCAGACCUUAUUGGUCCAUACUCGCCUUGGAGAGAUCAUCCUCUGAAAAUCUAUUAACCGUCCCAUUGUCUCGUCUGAAAUCUAAAGGUUCACCGACCCAUUUACUUAUGUAAAUGUGAAAAAGUGAAACUCCGAAAACCUUGUUUGAACUUGAACAUUUUGAAAGUGAUUACAUCAGGAUGACAGACAGUAAUGAAGAUCAGCGAAUAUUAACAAUUCUUUCAUGGAAUGUAAACGGUUUUAACCGCAAAAGGUCUGAGGUGCUUCAUCAUUUAAGUCUUCUAAAGGCUGAUGUGGUCUUUCUUCAAGAAACUCAUGUAGGUCCAGAUAGAAUCUACAAAACUGGGAGCAUCAAAAUUCAAGAUUUAGAAUGUGAUUACAUGGCGGCAUUCACCGUAUUUAAAGGAAGUUCACGAGGGGUGGCCAUACUUUUCAAAAACAACCUGGGAUGUGGUGGUUUCAAUGUCAAUUGUGAUGAAAAGGGAAGAUUCAUAAUAAUCUCAUGUCAAAUUUGGGGGCAUGAUUUCGUAUUUAUCAAUGUGUAUAACUCAAAUGACGAAAAAAUUAAGCUGGCAGAUUUCACACAAAUGUCAACCUACAUCCCAUGUUCUGCAUAUCUGGUGAUCGGUGGGGAUUUUAACACGGUCAUGGACGCCGACCUUGACAAAACCUCAAAUUUACGAAACCGAAGUCACAGAAAGACUUUCGAUGCUCUCCAAUGUUUUUUGGAAAACUUCAACUUGGUGGAUGUCUGGCGGUGUCUUUACCCAGAAGCAAAAAGCUUUACGUAUUUUGAUGGGAAAGGCCAGUCGAGAUUGGACUACUUCUUUUUGCAAACUCACAGUUUAACAAGUGUAUCUGCCUGUAACAUUCACAAGAGACCAAUGUACUCGGAUAAAGAAGAGUACGUUUCUGAUCACGCCCCACUGUCAAUUCAGAUUCAGACUGAUGGACCAAAAUGGCAGUUUGAUUCUUGUCUCCUUGAAGAUAAAGCAUGUAUGGAACAACUUUCAAGCAUAAUAGAGGAAAUCUCACAAAUAAAUACCAAAAGGAAUGAAUACAUGUGGCCAGGAGUGAAGGUCAGACUUGUAUGUGAGGCAAUAGCUUUUCAAAGACAAAGAUCUCACCAAAAACUAUCAAGACAUUCAGGCAUGAUUGAACUUCCUCAAGAGAUGGACCAAGGAGGUUGUCCAGGUUCAGAAUCAUCCAUUGAGGUUCUUCAUACACCAAAUACUUCAUCCCAGACUCUUCUGAACUUCUUGAAUCAUUUGCACCAAACUGAGAGAUUCGAAGACAUAAAAUCCACACUGAUUACCGUUCUAAGUGAACCUGUUUCGAGAAAAGAGAUUCUGCAUGCCAUACUGACCUUGCCUCAGUCUAAGAGUCUAACAGCAGAUGGACUAACAGUACAUUUCUAUAAACGUUAUGCUUGUAAAAUUAUAGACCUCUUACAAGCAUUUUUCAACCAAACCUUUGACCUCAAGCCAAUUAAACAAACGGUUUUUGAGUCAUUGUGCCAAGGCAUAAACGAUCAUACUUACAGCUAUGAUAUUCAACAUCGCUUCAGUCCGAUUACAACAUUUAAUACGGAUUAUAAAAUUCUGGCUUUGAUUCUGGCAGAGAGGUUGAAGAGCGUUAUUGAACAUAUUUUAAAUCCAGGUCGAAGCAAACCACACAUUUCUGUUCUAGACAGCAUCAGUGAUCGAAUCCCAGUGCUAUUUAUUUCAUUAAAACUAGGUCCAGGUGCACUGAAAUGGCCAUAUUUGUUUAAUAGCUUAAAGUCUGUGAACCUACCUGACCGGUUUAGAUCCAUGUUGAAGCUGUUUUUGAUGGCAGAUCACAGAUCACAAGGUCUGAGGGUGGAAUGUCCACUGACUCCUUUACUAGUAAGCAUCUGCCUUCUUCCUCUGAUUAACUCCAUUAACAGCGAGAACAUGAUUUUGGGGCCUAAAGUUCAAGAAGAAACCAUACAGUCAGCCGUUGAUGAAGACAGAGCCUUGAUUUUUCUUUCCAAUUCGAAUGAAGCAUUGGAUAGUUUUGAAAAGAUGCUCAGGGACUUUAUUGAGACGUCAGGCUUUAUCAUUGGUGAACGAUGCUCUGAGGUUUUCAUAGCAGGUUCAUCUGGCUUCAGUUUAGGCAAAGAUAAACUUUAGUUGUUUAAGAGAACGGACGAUGGAUUAUGAGAUUUUGAACAUGAAACGACAUGAUUCAAUCGCUGGAGGAUGCUGAGUCUCUCUGUGUUUUGGUUGGCGUUGUUUUGCGUAGAUGGCCGCUCGUUUCACUGAAAUCUAGAUCUGUUAUAAUGACUCCGAUCCAUGGAGUCGUUUCCAAGAGUCAAUUCUAAUUUUCUCAGCUCUUUAAAAGUAAAGGUAAAAUAAGUCUUGAUAGAUUAUACUUUUAUUUUUUUUUAAAAAGACUAGUCGCCACCUACUGGCCUAUUGAUGUACAGAAAGAGUCACCAACUGGAUCUUUUUGUUGAACUAAAUUAAAUUAUUCGAGUCAAUGAAACAAAAUCCCUUUUACUACUGUUGCUCUCUCUAUUAUUUUUCACAAAUCUAAGUAUGAUUAAGGCUCUGCAUACAUAUAUUACAAAAACAUUUAUAUUUUAUCCAUUUAUCCAUAUUUUUAUUUGCAGAUUCUGACACGUAAUACCAGGUGUGUGGUUUAUAGCUGAAAACAGCAUUACAUUUUACGUUUACAACAUUUGGAUCAAAAACUGGUGCAAACAUGUUGCUUGUUUGUUUUACAUUUAAUAAAUUCUUUGUAUUUUUACAUGCUUAAAAAUGACCUAAAAGCCAUUCUAAAACUAAAACAAUCACUUAUGUUGCACCAGUAUAGUAUCAUAUACAUAAAUCUCUAUAUGCAGAUGAAAAUGCAAAGACCAUAAUCUGCCACUGAAAUAAAACGCAAAGAUUUAAUCCCAUGUCAAACCUCA